UUAAUGAUUUAUGUAACCACAGUUUGUUAUUGUUUACAAAUAAAAUCAACUGUCAAUGUCGUAUGACAACAAAUGUUUGUUUAUGUUUUUUUUAUCACUGACAUAUUGACAAAUAGCUUUAUAAAUAAUGCCACUAUUUGCAAAUAAAUUUUCACCAAAAAAAACACCACAAAGAAAAGUGUCAAUAUCAUUGGCAACAAAAGAUUUAAGUCCAAAAAGAAUUGAAAAAGAACUUGGUCCUGAUAUUGGACAAAUACGUUUACGACUUGGUGAUCAACAAGCAACAUUUGAUGGUGGUAUUUGGAUUCCAGAGUCUGGAAAAAUAGCUGGUACAUUUAAAGAAAAUGAAAAACUAAAAAAAGAUAUUAAAAAAUUAGAAGAAGAAAAUAAUUUAUUAAAAUUAAAAUACAAUUUAAUUCUCGAUAUGGUUACUGAAAAAACAGCUGAAGUACAUUUACAACAGAGUGAAAUUGAUAAUCUUCGUAAUAAAUUAUCAUUAAAAAAAAAAGUUACAACAUAAAAAAGUUAAUUUAUCUAACAAAU